GCCCGGUUCGGGGUCCUGCAGCGGUGGCUGGUGCAACAUGUGUUGGGUAAUCCUUCUCUUCUAGAAGAAGCUUCGUAGGUUCUCUGCUGUUGCACUGUUGCUGGACCUGGACCUGGACCUGUCCACCGCUAGCUCGACCCGGGACACGCCGUCUGGACGCCUGAACACACCCGGAGACACCCGGAGACACCCGGAGACACGACAUCUAGAAGCUGUUCAACUGAUCAGGGUUCUGUUUGGACAUUAGUCGCUGCGGCGUUGUUUUAUCACUGUUAGCCUGUUAGCCUGUUAGCCUGUUAGCCGAGUUGUCAAAAUGUUGAGUGUCGCCAAAAGCGUUUCAAGGACUCUCCCAACAAGGAACUGUACAAGAAGUGUGUCCUCUUUGAUGAAGAAGGCAUGCUGGAGUGGCGGCUUCCAACCAGAUGCUCUGCGAGCUCUGGCCAGGAGGGAUUAUGCGUCAGAGGCCAUCAAGGGCGCAGUCAUUGGCAUUGAUCUGGGAACCACUAACUCAUGUGUCGCAGUCAUGGAAGGGAAACAGGCCAAGGUAUUGGAGAAUGCAGAGGGAGCCAGGACGACUCCUUCAGUCAUCGCAUUCACAGCAGACGCGGAGCGUCUGGUGGGCAUGCCCGCUAAACGCCAGUCAGUCACCAACCCUACGAACACACUGUACGCCACCAAGAGACUGAUCGGACGUCGCUUUGACGACCCCGAAGUCCAGAAAGACCUGAAGAACGUCCCCUUCAAGAUUGUGCGUGCAUCUAAUGGUGAUGCUUGGGUGGAGGCUCAUGGGAAAAUGUACUCCCCCAGCCAGGCUGGAGCCUUCGUCCUGAUGAAGAUGAAGGAGACUGCAGAGAACUAUCUGGGAACCAAAGUGAAGAACGCUGUGGUCACUGUACCAGCCUACUUCAACGACUCUCAGAGACAGGCUACCAAAGAUGCCGGUCAGAUUGCGGGUCUGAACGUCCUGCGUGUGAUCAACGAGCCAACAGCGGCUGCGCUGGCCUACGGCCUGGACAAAACCCAGGAUAAAAUUAUUGCUGUGUAUGAUCUGGGUGGAGGUACGUUUGAUAUCUCAGUCCUGGAGAUCCAGAAGGGAGUUUUUGAGGUGAAGUCCACCAACGGAGACACCUUCCUAGGGGGAGAGGACUUCGACCAGCACCUCCUUCAACACAUUGUCAAGGAGUUCAAGAAAGAGUCUGGUGUGGAUCUGAUGAAAGACAACAUGGGUCUCCAGAGAGUCCGAGAGGCUGCUGAGAAGGCCAAGUGUGAGCUGUCCUCUGCACUGCAGACUGACAUCAACCUCCCCUACCUGACCAUGGAUGCCUCUGGUCCCAAACAUCUCAACAUGAAGCUGACCCGCUCUCAGUUUGAAGGCAUCGUGGCCGACCUGAUCCGACGCACCGUGGCUCCCUGUCAGAAGGCCAUGCAGGACGCCGAGGUGUCCAAGGGAGACAUAGGAGAGGUGCUGCUGGUCGGAGGCAUGAGCCGUAUGCCCAAGGUUCAACAGACAGUUCACGACCUGUUCGGCCGCGCUCCCAGCAAGUCCGUUAACCCUGAUGAGGCCGUUGCCAUAGGAGCAGCCAUCCAGGGGGGGGUUUUGGCCGGCGAUGUCACUGAUGUUCUGCUGUUGGAUGUGACACCACUGUCUCUGGGUAUUGAGACCCUGGGCGGAGUCUUCACCAAACUCAUCAACAGGAACACCACGAUUCCCACCAAGAAGAGCCAGGUGUUCUCCACAGCAGCUGAUGGACAGACUCAGGUAGAGAUCAAGGUGUGUCAGGGAGAGAGAGAGAUGGCAGCAGACAACAAGGUGCUGGGUCAGUUCACUCUGGUGGGAAUCCCCCCCGCCCCCCGCGGUGUUCCUCAGGUUGAGGUCACCUUCGACAUUGACGCCAACGGCAUCGUCCAUGUCUCAGCCAAGGACAAGGGGACAGGCCGAGAGCAGCAGAUUGUGAUCCAGUCAUCGGGAGGUCUCAGUAAGGACGACAUCGAGAACAUGAUCAAGAAUGCUGAGAAGUACGCGGAGGAGGACAGGAGGAGAAAGGACCGUGUGGAGGCCGUCAACAUGGCUGAGGGCAUCGUCCAUGACACCGAAUCCAAGAUGGAGGAGUUCAAGGACCAACUUCCUGCUGAUGAGUGCACCAAGCUGAAGGAGGAGAUCUCAAAGGUCAGGGAUCUUCUGACCAACAAGGACUCCGAAACAGGAGAGAACAUCAAACAGGCGGCCACCAACCUGCAGCAGGCCUCACUUAAACUCUUUGAGAUGGCCUACAAGAAGAUGGCGGCAGAGCGGGAAGGCAGCGGCGGCAGCAGCAGCAGUGGCAGCAGCUCGGGCUCAUCAGAGGGAGAGAAGAAAGAAGGCCAGCAGUAGACCUUUGCACUAGUGUGUCACUGGGUUUCCAUGACAACGGAGAACUGUCUGGCUUGGCGGUGGGCUGGGAGGGGACAGUGGCAGUCUUGAGUGAUGAGCUGAAUCUUAGUCAUUCUCACCAUAUUAUUAUUCUACUGUGUUUUGGCAGUAAAAUUCUCUAGCGAAAAGUGAAUUGUCAACGUAUGCUCCUCCAUGUCUGUUUGUAAUUUAAUCGUCUCAAAAACAAUGUCAUGUAUGUUUAUUUUUACAAAGCUGUUAAUUUACAUUCUGAGGUAGUAAAGGUUCUUUUUGUUGUGUCUAAGACAUCA